AUGUACCAAGUUGGCACAAAUAUGCCACGCUCUCCACCCUCCAAGGAUCAAUUAAAUGAACUGAUCCGGGAAGUUAACCAAUGGGCUAUCACUAAUGGAUUAGCCAUGUAUCCUCCUAAAUUUGAGGAGAACCCAUCAAAUGCAUCGGUGUCACCGGUAACUCUCUAUCCAACUCCAAUUCCUAAGAAAUGUUUUGAUGAGGCCGUUGAAAUACAACCUGUAUUCAAUGAACUAUACGCCCGCAUUACCCAAGAUAUGGCACAUCCUGACUCUUUCUUGCAUAAAACAACGGAGGCAUUGGCUCUAUCAGACUCCGAAUUCACGGGCAAAUUGUGGUCGUUAUACCUUGCUACUUUAAAAAAUUCACAAUACAAAAAGCAGACUUUUAGACUAGGUAUAUUCAGAUCAGAUUACUUAAUUGAUAAGAGAAAGGGUGCUGAACAGAUUAAGCAAGUUGAAUUCAACACAGUGUCUGUAUCAUUUGCAGGUCUUAGCGAGAAAGUUGAUAGAUUACACUGCUAUUUAAAUAAGGCAAAUAAGUACGAUCCUAGAGGACCGUACUAUAAUGAACAAAAUAUGGUCAUUUCUGAUUCAGGAUAUCUGUUGUCUAAGGCGUUGGCCAAAGCUGUUGAAUCGUAUAAAUUACAACAAAGUUCUUCUAUUUCUAGUGAUCCUAUUGUUGCGUUCAUUGUGCAAAGAAAUGAAAGAAAUGUGUUCGAUCAAAAGAUCUUGGAACUGGAUCUAUUGGAAAAAUUCGGUACCAAAUCUGUUAGGUUGACGUUUGACGAUGUAAACGAUAAAUUGUCCAUUGAUUAUGAAACAGGAGGGCUUUUCAUUAAGGACACGAAAGAAGAAAUAGCAGUGGUUUAUUACAGAACUGGUUACACAACCACUGACUACACGUCCGAGAAGGACUGGGAGGCAAGACUAUUUCUUGAAAAAAGUUUUGCCAUAAAGGCCCCAGAUUUACUCACUCAGUUAUCUGGUUCCAAGAAAAUUCAGCAAUUGUUGACAGAUGAGAGUGUGUUAGACAAGUACAUAUCCAGUUCUGAAAAAAAGGAUAGUUUGUUGAAAACAUUUGUCAAAAUAUAUCCCUUAGAUGAUACAAAGCUGGGCAGGGAAGGCAGGAGGUUAGCCUUAAACGAGCCUUCUAAAUACGUCUUAAAACCACAAAGAGAAGGCGGCGGCAACAAUGUUUAUAAAGAAAAUAUUCCAGAUUUUCUGAAAAGUAUCGAAGAACGUCAUUGGGACGCAUAUAUUCUCAUGGAGUUGAUUGAACCUGAGUUGAAUAAAGAUAAUAUUAUAUUACGUGAUGACAAAUCUUAUAACGAACCAAUCAUCAGUGAAUUAGGUAUUUACGGUUGCGUUCUAUUCAACGACGAGCAGAUUUUAUCGAACGAAUUUAGUGGCUCAUUAUUAAGAUCCAAGUUUAACACUUCGAAUGAAGGUGGCGUGGCAGCAGGAUUCGGAUGUUUGGACAGUAUUAUUCUGUACUAA